AUGCCCAGGUGUACCAGGAAGGGAUGCCAGAAGGAGUUCGACGAGAGCUCCAACGAAGAUGGGAGCUGCAAAUAUCAUCCAGGUGGACCGGUCUUUCACGAAGGUCUCAAGUCGUGGUCAUGCUGUAAUGAGGUGAACAAGCCUGUGCUCGAGUUUGACGCUUUCAUGGAGAUCCCGCCUUGCACGACUGGUAAACACUCUACCGAGGCUCCACCUAAGCCGGUAGCAACAACAGCACCGGCAGAACCGGCGCAGGGACCGACGAAGACGGUGAAUGGAGUAGAGACUUAUGGACAAGCAGCGCCUCCUAGCUCUUCAAACGGUGCGGGAUCCAGCUCAAAGUCUGCACCUGUAGCUGCUCUGCCACCGGCACCGACUCCAGUUCCAGCUCCUGCUCAGCCCAAAGAAACGGAGGAAGAUGAUCUAAGCGUACCUGUACCUUCCGGAGCGACUUGCAAGAGAUUAGGUUGCGGAGCGACAUGGCAGGGUGAAGACAUAUCUCGAGGUUCAGGAGAGCAGUCGACAUGCCGAUAUCAUCCGCAGUCGGCAAUAUUCCACGAGGGAUCAAAAGGGUACUUGUGUUGCAAACGUCGGGUGUUGGAAUUUAGCGAGUUCCUCAAGAUUGAAGGUUGUACAGAAGGAAAUCAUCUCUUCGUCGGUGCGAAGCGCGACGAGUCGGUCGAAGAAAUGGUUGACUGCCGUGUCGAUUUUUACCAGACCCCGACUCAGGUGCACGUCUCAGCUUUUGCUAAAGGAGCCGACAAGAGCAAGUCCACCGUCCGGUUUGAUUCCCAACAGCUCCAUUUCGAUUUUCAUCUACCCUCCAAUAAGAGAAUCGCAAAGUCUCUCACUUUAUACGGCCCUAUAGAUCCUGCAUCAAGUACAUUCCGCAUAGUAUCUACAAAAGUCGACAUCACUCUGAUCAAGUCGACACCAGCUUCGUGGCCUCUCUUGGAACUGCCUGCAGAAGGCACUGAGUUGCCACCGGGAUACGCCUUGACAUUCGGAGUCAGCGGUCGUACUGGCACAGUGGGAGGAAAAGAGAUUGUACUGGCACCCGAGGAAGCCGCCAGGCGAUUGCAGCAGUCUUGA